AUGCAGUACUCGCAGGGUCUCGUUCUCCUCACCGGCCUCGCCGCCGCCGGCUUCGCCUACGCUCAGGCCUUCACCGCCAACACCCCCGCCUCGCUCACCCAGUGCCGCCCCGUCCAGCUCACCUGGACUGGUGGCCAGGCCCCCUACUUCCCCCGCAUCACCGCCCCCGGUGACAUCAACACUGUCCUCAAGGACUUCGGCCAGGUUGACGGCAACUCGCUCUCGUGGACCGUUGACCAGCCCGAGGGCCAGACCGUCACCUUCUCGGUCGGCGACUCGGCCGGUAACACUGCCAACUCGGGCAUCACCCCUCCCAUCCUUGCCGGCAGCGCCAGCUGCCUCAACGGCGGUGCCGCCGGUGGCAGCUCCUCCGCCGCCCCCUCCGGCUCGUCCAGCGCCGCUCCCUCGAGCUCGUCGGCCUCGGCCAGCUCCUCCAUGAGCUCGUCGGCCGCCGCCUCGUCGUCGUCGGCCAGGCCCUCGAGCAGCGCCGCCUCCAGCUCUUCGGCCUCGAGGCCCGCCUCGUCGUCGGCCCCCGCCCCCUCGGCCACCCAGUCGUCGGCCCCAACAGCGCCGCCUCGACCCGUGGCGCCUCGGCCGUCGUCGCUGGUGUCGUCGGUGUCGCCGUCGCUGCCCUCCUCUAAGCAGCCCGCACGCGCGCGCGCCCAUGCAUUCCCUCAACCUCAUCCCUUCUUUUCUGUUGGCCCACGGUGGGGCGACGCGUGGGUUGCGAGACCACGUCGCGCCCGGCCUCGAUGGACACUCCCUAGCUAG